CCACCCUCUGUGGUUCCUGAUUCUCAGAUACUUUCAGUUUCACUUCUCUCUUCUGCUGCCAGCGAUGGCGUCUGCUGAUCUGAGAAAGGAGCUGGACUGUUCCAUCUGCCUGAGCAUUUUUACAGACCCUGUAACUCUGAGAUGUGGACACAACUUCUGCCGGGUCUGUAUUGAUCGUGUGCUGGAUACACAGGAGGGGACUGGAGUUUAUUCCUGUCCUGACUGCAGAGCAGAGUGUAAGGAGCGUCCUGCACUGAUACAGAACGUAACGCUGUGUAACAUAGUGGGGAAUUUCCUGUCUAUUGAGCCAGAUCAGGAGGAGACUGGGAUCUUCUGCACUUACUGUGUGGACUCUCCUGUACCUGCUGCUAAAUCCUGUCUGCACUGUGAGGCUUCUCUGUGUGAUAAACACCUGAGAGUACACAGCAAGUCAGCAGAGCACGUCUUAUGUGAUCCCACCACUGCCCUGGGGUACAGGAAAUGCUCUGUCCAUAAGAAGGUCCUGGAGUAUUACUGCACUGAGGACGCUGCCUGUGUCUGUGUGUCCUGCAGUCUGGCUGGAGAACACCGGGGACACCAGGUGGAGUUGCUGGAUGUGGCCUUGGAGAAGAAGAGGAAGAAACUGAGAAAUGUUCUGCAGAAACUGACAAUAAAGAGAGAGGAGGCAGAGAAAAGAGUCCAGAGCCUGGUGGAGAGCAGGAUAAGUGAUCAGGAAAAAGCAGCUGGUGUAACAGAGACAGUCACUGCCCUGUUUAGAGACAUCAGGAGACAGCUGAAUGACCUGGAGAAGAGAGUCCUGAGUGAGAUCUCCAGGCAGGUACAGUGCGCUUCACUCCCAGUCUCUGAUCUGAUCCAGCAGCUGGAAAUAGAGAAGGACGAGCUGUCCAGGAAGAUGCAUCACAUUGAGGAGCUGAGUAAUGUGCCUGAUCCAGUGACUGUCUUACAGGAACCAGACACAGGAGACUGGUGUGAUGCUGAGGACAGAGAGAGACAUGAUAAUCAGAUCCAUGGUGAAGGAGAUCUGGAUGUGGGAUAUGUCUCAGAGACAUUACACACAUUAUAUGAUAUAAUAAUCGGUAUAAAGAAAGGGAUCUAUGUGCAGGAAUCUACUGACAGAGUGCAGGAGGUAAACCUAACUGGUAAUAUAGAAUCUGAUGUAAUCACAGGUGUAAAGAAAGGAAACAAUGUCCCAGUGGCUACAGAUAUAGCUCUGGGUGUAAACACACAAUCUGACAUAAUAACAGGUUUAAAAAUAGGGCUCUAUGAGAAGGAACCUACAUCUAUAAUACUGGAUGUAAACACAGCUGGUAAUCAUAUAUAUUUUCCAAAUUAUAUAUCUAUUAAUUCUAAGCAACAAUAUAAGGAAGAUGAUAGUUGUACAAGUUGGUCAGAUCAAAGCCAGAAUCGUCCAGAAACACCGGAGAGAUUUCAGCAUUAUAACCAGGUGUUAAGCACCAGCAGCUUUUCCUCAGGGCGACAUUACCUGGAUAUGACUGUGAGUGAAUCAGGGUGGUGGAGUGUAGGGAUGAGCUAUCCCAGUAUAGACAGGAGAGGAGAGCAGUCACACAUUGGGUGUAAUGACAAGUCCUGGGCUUUGUGUAAGUGGUUGUGCGACCAGUAUUCACUGAUACAUGAUGGGAAACAGAUCCGGUUACCCGGCAAUAUUUCCUGUAAUAAUGUGGGGAUAUAUCUGGACUAUGAGGCUGGACAGAUGUCCUUUUAUUCUCUGGUUCCGAAGAGACGCCUACACACCUUCUCUGCCACCUUCACUGAGCCCCUUCAUGUUGCAUUAUGUAUAGGGAGAGGUUGUACAUAUAUAUUUGGGAUGGUCAGAAGCUGUGACAAAUGAUCAUAAGAAACAAAUCCUGAAAGUGGUGACAUCAGAGGGAGGCACAUCUGAUUGGUCGAUUAUGUAGCCAUUAGAAUGAAGCAGUGGGUGGAGCUACAGCGGAGCGCCUCUCAUGUAGUGUAACCAGAUGUCCCGUGUGCCUGGAUGUGAUCUCCUGCUGGUGUGUUACAUACUAUCAAUAUACAUUUAUGUGAGAUUUCUUAGUUUUUCUCUGUUCUGAUAGCUGUGAUUGGCUGCAGUAACUGUCUAUCAGCCGGUGUGUUUCCUAUUACUGCAGUCAGUGCUACACGCCGGCACACAGUGGCUGUGAUGUCUUCAUUGGGUGAAUGGGAUGUUAUCUUUUAAGGAGAAGAUAUACCUUUUAGAGCGAUAAAGUGGAGAGGAUGCCAAUAGCAACCAAUCAGAUUAUGUUUUUUUGUUAUCGCAUGUGCUGGAUAAAUGAUAGCUGGAAGCAGAUUGGUUGCUAUGGGCAACUUUUCCACUUUUUCUCUCUCAAAGGUUUGAUACAUCCCCCUAAAGCUUCUAUAAAUUUCAGUCCAAGAAUAUUUUUCUUUAAUCAAAUUAGAUGGAUAGGACUAGACCUCCCAGCGUGCCCCAUUCCUUAAAUUCAUAUUUGUCAUAAUCACAAAGCAUAAUUAAUAUCUCUAUCGUAAAAGUGCUUGUAAUACAGGAGGAGGUGCAUAGAAUAUGACCAAGUCGCUAUAAUACACCUUUUAUAAUCAUUUCUUCAGCCUUGUUACUGGCUAUCUUGACUUUGAGAUAAUCCUCAUGUUUUGUUAAAUUUUAUCAUUUUUAUCCCAAUUUUUCUACCUACAAAGCCGGGAGCCAUAUCUGGGAUUCUUGUAAUCUGAUUGUCAUAUUUGAAGAUUAACAAAAUAAAAACAUCCUUUACCGGUG